CUUAUAAUUGUUGUAAAAGUGUUUAAGUAAAAUUUUACAAGAUUUUGCAAAAUCAUAUUGUUAAACUAAAUGUUAAUGAAUGAGUUUUUGACUAUAUUAAUUAGUGGAUAUAUCAACUAGAAUAUACGAUGAGACUCGGAGAUUAUAUCGGCUGUGUGAUUCUAUUCAGUCUUAUCAUAUUUAAAUCUUCAUUUGGAUACAAAAUAUUAGGUGUUUUUCCGCAUGCAGGAAAAAGCCACUUCAUGGUAUUUGUACCAAUUUUAAGAGAAUUAUCCCGACGUGGUCAUGAAGUAACAGUAAUAAGCCAUUUUCCAGAAACACACCCGUUACCAAAUUACACAGAUAUUUCGAUUGUGGGAGCUGGACAAAUUGGCUUUAACAAUAUACCAACAUCAAUGGUUGUAAACAGUAAAAUUCGAAAUAUCAUUGAUAAUUACUGGCUUGCACAAAUCGGAGCACAGAAUUGUGAGGCAUUAAAUUUUCCUCAAAUCCAAAAUCUUAUUACAUCAAAUAAAACAUACGAUCUUAUUAUUCAUGAACACUUCAAUACUGAUUGCUUUAUGGCAUUGAAUUACAUUUUAAAAACACCAAAUAUAGGGAUCGGGUCAUGUACUAUGAUGCCAUGGCUUUAUGAUCGAUUUGGUAUUCCAAAUAAUCCUUCGUAUAUGCCAGUGAAUUUGUUGCAUUAUGGAGAUGAAAUGACAUUCUUCGAACGUGUUAUUAACACAGUGGGCUAUUUUUUACAUUCGUAUGUAAUGGCAAAUAUUUUUUUAACGAGACCAGCAGAUAACGCCGUUAGAAAGUACCUUGGCGAAAACAUACCAUCGGUAGUAGAUAUCGUUAAAAAUACGAGUUUAUUUUUGAUAAAUACUCAUUAUACAUUAAACAGAGCUCGGCCGUAUCCUCCAAAUGUUAUUGAGAUAUCUGGUGUGCAUCUUGACAAACCCAAGGCAUUACCAUCCGAUAUAGAAAAAUUCAUUACGGAAGCGAAGCACGGUGUGGUUUAUUUCAGCUUUGGAUCGAUGUUAUUAGGAAGCUCUUUAAGUGAUGAUGUGAAAAAAGCAUUCUUGGAUGCAUUUAAUGAGCUACCUCAACGAGUAUUAUGGAAAUAUGAAAACGAAACAUUACCUGGAAAACCAGAAAAUGUAAUGAUACGAAAAUGGAUGCCUCAGUUUGAUAUUUUGAGUCAUCCAAAUGUUGUAGGAUUUAUUUCUCAUAGUGGACUGCUGGGUACUGUUGAAGCAUUUCAUAAUGGAAUUCCAAUUGUGUCGGUGCCAUUUUACGGCGAUCAAUUUAUUAAUGCAAAAGCAUUAGAAUCACAUGGAACUGCAGCUCUUCUUGAUCAUUGGAAUUUGAAAAAAGACUCUAUUAGUAAGGCGUUGAAAUUCAUUCUGCAAUCCAGUGUUUUGGAAAAAGCAAAACGACAAGCACGUUUGUUCCGUGAUCGACCUAUGUCACCCAUGGACACAGCCAUUUGGUGGAUUGAGUAUGUAGCUAGAAAUGGUGGAGCAGAUGAAUUGCGACCAGCUGUUGUUAAAAUGCCAUUUUAUCAAUCUGCUCUCUUGGACGUUGGAUUAUUUUUAUUAACUGUGAUAUCAAUUGUAGUUUACAUAAAUUUUAAAUUAUCAAAAUUAAUUUUGAAUAAAUUAUUUAGCAAGAACAAAGUAAAAAAAGAUUGACAAAUAAAUACUUCCACAAAAUUUGUACAAAUUGUAAAUAUUAUUAUCUUACCUUAAUAAGGAAAGCAGUAUUGUCUGAAUAAAUUUUUUGAUUUUUA